AUGACGGACAACGCUAAGGUCUUCUCCUUGGUCGGCAAGGGUCUCAAGCUCGAUAGCAAAGCCGACAUCCAACCUCACCUCGAUGAGCUCGAAAAGGUUGCCGACCUUGAAGAGGUCCACCUUGGAGGCAACACACUCGGCGUCGAAGCAUGUCAAGCGCUCGCCGAUGUCCUCAAGAGCAAGAAGUCACUCAAGGUUGCUGACUUCGCCGACAUCUUCACAGGGAGGCUCAUCACCGAAAUUCCAGAUGCGCUCAGGGCCCUUUGCGAUGCUCUCAUAGAUCAUACCAGCCUCGUGGAGCUCAAUCUCUCGGACAAUGCCUUCGGUGGGCGAUCGGCCGAGCCCAUGGUCAACUUUCUCAAGAACAACCACAGCUUCUCGGUGCUCAAGCUUAACAACAACGGACUGGGCAUCACGGGCGGUACCAUUGUAGCGGAAGCUCUUUUCGAGGCUGCGCAGAACUUGAAGACAAAGGGACUGGAAUCAAAGCUCCGCACAGUCAUCUGCGGACGCAACCGACUCGAAAACGGCUCGGCGCCAGUCUGGGCCAAGGCAUAUGCAGCACACGGUGGAUUGGUAGAAGUCCGCAUGUUCCAGAACGGCAUUCGCAUGGAAGGCAUCGAAGCCAUCAGCAAAGGUCUCGCAUCAUGUCCCAACCUCGAGGUUCUCGACCUUCAAGACAAUACUGCAACACUACGAGGCUCCCGCGCUAUCGCCGCCUGCCUUCCCAAGUGGCCCAAGCUCAAGACUUUGAACCUUUCCGACUGCCUGCUCAAGCCCAAGGGUGGUGCGCUCGUCUUCGGCGCCCUUGCCAACGGCAGCAACCCCGCGCUCGAGACGAUCCAGGUCCAGUACUGUGACCUCGACCGAAAGGUGCUCGACCAGCUCGGAAGUGCGAUCGAGGUGCACCUGACCAAGCUCACCAAGCUCGACAUCAACGGCAACUGGGCAGACGAGGAGGAUGACUGCAUCGAGAAGAUCAAGAGCGCACUAGCGAAGCAUGGACACGAGGAUGCCCUGGAGGAGCUGGACGAGAUGGAUCCUGACGGCGAAGUCAGUGAGGACGAGGAUGAGGAGGAUGAGGAAGAGGACGCCGAUGAGGAAGAGGAGAGCGGGCCAAAAGCAACCGAGGCAAAGCACGACGAGACCGAUGACCUUGCCGACGCACUCUCAAAGACAUCAGUAUCGGACAGCAAGCUGAACUCGUAG